AUGAGAUUUUGCGGGGUGGGACGGCUGUAUUGAUGUUAUUACGUACAAUUCUCUCACUGGCGGGUUUAACUCAGUUCAAUGGACAAUGGCAGUAACUGACUAAAGGCUCCGGCUGCAGUAGUAUGGUCGGAACGUUUUCAUGUUUCCUUCAUUACUCCACCCGGACCAGAAUGUGGUGACGGAGCAGCGCGCGGUGCCAUGGCGUUUAAUUUGGGUGGUGGGACAUCGGGAACCACUGGAUUUUCUUUUGGCUCAUUUGGUGCCAAAACAACAGCAUCAACUGGUUUUGGAUUUGGAACUACUGCCACGACAGCUGCCUCAGGAUUUGGAGGUUUUACUCCAUUUGGAACCACUACUACCACCACAAGUGGGCAGACAACAGGAUUUCCAUUUGGAGCAUCUACAGCAGAAUCCUCCACAUUUACUGGAAAGUGCUUCCUUUUCUACAGGUUUUGGUGGGCUUGGAGCUACAAAUACUACAGCCAGUGGCUUUAAUUUUGGGGGUUUCGGACUAAACGCUAACACUGCAGUUGGCUUAAAUAUCGGAAGUUUUGGUGCAGCUACAACUACAGCUUUUGGUUUUGGCAGUAGUGGCUUGGCUGGCACAGGUGGUUUUGGAGGGUUUGGCACAACUACGACAGUUGCUGCUGCUUUCAGUUUCUCAACACCCGCCAAUUCUGGGGUAACAGGCCUUUUCCAGAAUACACAGAAUAAGGGCUUUGGAUUUGGUGGUGGAUUUGGCACAGGUACAAGCACAGGUCUGGCACCAGGUUUGGUGGCUGGCUCCACACUUGGAGGAUUUGGUGGUUUUGGCACUCAACAGCAAACUGGAGGCCUUUUGGGGCAGACAUUGCAGCCUCAAGCUCAGACAGUUCAACUGAUCAACACAGCCAGUGCCCUUUCUGCACCCAUUCUGUUGGGGGACGAACGUGAUGCUAUAUUGGCCAGGUGGAACCAACUUCAGGCCUUCUGGGGCACAGGAAAAGGCUACUUUCACAAUAACUUGGCUCCUGUUGAGUUCACGCAAGAAAAUCAUUUUUGUCGAUUUAAGACUGUUGGUUUCAGCUGCAUACCUAGUAACAAGGAUGAGGAUGGUCUGGUAGCUUUGGCUUUUAACAAGAAAGAAGCAGACAUUCGAAACCAGCAACAAUUGGUUGUGGAAACUUUACACAAGAUUCUUGGAGGUUUACAACAAAUCAUGGUCAAUGUUGAAGGAAUCCGAGCUCUGCCAGAUGACCAGACAGAAAUGGUGAUCUACGUUGUUGAACGCUUUCCAAAUGGAAACUCCAGAAGAGUCUCAGCAACCAACCUUUUCAAUUCACUGGAACAGACUAAUAUGAAGAAUCAGCUGAUGCAGUUAGGAGUGGUUGUUGCCCUGCCCAGGACUGAGCUUUCUCCAACCCAGAUAAAACAACUGCUGCAGAACCCUCCCACUGGUGUUGAUCCAAUAAUUUGGGAACAGGCUAAGGUUGACAAUCCCGAUCCUGAAAAGCUGAUCCCAGUGCCCAUGGUUGGUUUUAAGGAAUUGCUGAGGAGGCUUAAAUUCCAGGAACAAAUGACUAAACAACAUCAAAGCAGACUGGAUAUUAUAUCUGAGGAUGUAAAUGAACUGCAGAAAAACCAGGCCACAACUGUAGCGAAAAUUGCUCAGUACAAGAGAAAGCUAAUGGACCAAGCUCAUAAAGUUUUACAGGUUUUAAUUAAGCAGGAAAUCCAGAGGAAAGCUGGUUAUGCUAUUCAGGCAGAGGAAGAGCAGCUUCGUGUACAGUUAGAUACUAUACAGUGUGAACUAAAUGCACCUACCCAGUUUAAGGGCCGUCUAAAUGAAUUAAUGUCUCAGAUAAGGAUGCAGAAUCAUGUUGGAGCUGUCAGAUCAGAGGAGAGAUAUAGUGUGGAUGUCGAUCUCCUGGGAGAAAUCAAGCAGCACCUGAAAUUACAGCAGGAAGGAUUGAGUCAUUUAAUCAGUGUUCUGAAAGAAGAUUUGGAAGAUGUGAAGCUAAUUGAGCAUGGUCUUAGUGAGAGUGUUCAUAUUCGACGUGAUCUUCUCAGUUGAUGUAAUACCCUGUGGUUCAAGAUAUCUUUCUCCCUGUCCAAGUUUAUUUGAAUAAUCCUACCUCCAUCUCCAUUUUUAUAAACCAGAAAUCUGAUGAAAGAGCGGGGGGCGGGGGGGAGAGAAAAAACCUCUUGUUCUUCAUCUAAUGUUGCAGCCAUGUUCCAGCUUCGGGAAUUCUGUUGUUUACUGCAAGGUGUGUUGUUAUCCUAGUGAGCAACUGGAUACAAAUCCUUGCAAUUGAAAUUAAUAACUGACUAUGUAAAGCAUGUUUAAAACUAUACCCUAUAAAUGACUGUUUGCGGUAAUGAGAGAUGAAGAUUUGAAACUCUGCAGUCUUUGGCAGGCUUUACCCCAGUUAUUUUAAAUGGAUUGGACAUUAUCUACUAAUUCCGCAAAUAGCAAUUUCUUAAUUCAUUUGUUACAAUUUUGAGUGUAAGAUCACAAUGAAUUUCCCGUUGAAUGCAACACUUUGAGGCAGAUUUUAAAAAUAUUGCUCUUAGUACCAGACUUGCAUUUAACAGGAAUAGCUGUCAGUACUGACUAAGUCAGGAACAAAUUGGGAAUUGUUUAUAUAUUUUUUAAACGCAUCAGAUGUUUUGCUGAGAUAUGUGUACCUUUAGCUGCUCUGAAUAAGUUUGAACAGCUUUUGAAAACUUGACCUUGGUUUGCAAUGAAUGAGAAAAAUUUGAAAUAUUCUUUAUUGGAUGUAAUAAAAGCUUUGAAAACUGGAAUGUUAACAAUUAUGUUUAAACAUGCCAGAGAAUCACAUGCUGGAUAUACAGUAUAAUCCCAGUUUAUUGUUUUUAAUUAUACAAGGUUAUUUAUACAAACGUAUUAUCAGAAGGAGCCCUGAGCAUUGGGUUUGCUUUUGGAAGAAUUGACUAUUUUCCAAACAUACUAGUUAUGAUAUUUCUCAUCUUAAUGCAUCUAGGCCCUUUUUCAGUUCAACACAUAAUUUAAUUUAUGUCAGUCAGCCUUACAAAUCAGCCUGCUGUGUGAUUUGCACCCAGUAAUGGUCACUGAAACGUACUUUGAAAUGGAGUGAUAAUUGUGAACCAUAAAUCAGUCAAGGAUCUCAAAUCAAGAAUUGCAUUUAAUCUGUUAAAUGUUUGAAAUAAUUAUGCAAAGAGGAAGUUGAUUAUAAAUAAACAAGUUGCUUUAAUAACCUUCUGCUUCAGAUUGUAAUUUUAAUUUCAUAAUCCAGGUGCAGUUUUAUUAUCUUAAAUGUGAAUUUUCCCUCGUGCCAGCUCCUUCAAUUCUUUGUACUGACUGGAUUAGUCCAAGCUAGGAAAUUCUGACUGACACUUGUCAGGUGAUUUACUCCAAUUUAUCUUGGUAACGUGGUCAGUCAGGUUUAUUGUUAAAUGCACAUUCAGUACAUUCAGUGGCCAGUUUAUUAAGUACCUCCUGUACCAAAUAAAGUGGCAACUGAGUAUAUAUUUGUGGUCUUCUGCUGCUGCAGCCCAUCCACUUCAAGUUUUGAUGUGUUGUGCAUUCAAAGAUGCUCUUCUGCAAACCGGGGUGGUUAUUUAAGUUGCUGUCUGCUUCCUGUCGGCUUGAACCAGUUUGGCUGCUCUCCUCUGACCUUUCUCAUUCACAAGGCAUUUUUACUCACAGAACUGCCACUUACUGAAUUGUUUUUUGUUCAUGCCAUUCUCUGUAAACUCUAGAGACUGUUGUGCGUGAAAAUACCUGGAGAUGAGCUGAUUCUGUGAUAUUCAAAUCACCCCAUCUGGCACCAACAAGCAUUCCAUAGUCAAAGUAACUUGGAUCACAUUUCUUCCCCAUUCUGAUGUUUGGUUUGAACCACUUGACCAUGUCUGCAUGCUUUUAUGUGUUGAGAUGCUGCCACAUGAUUGGCUGAUAUUUGCAUUAACGACCAGGUGUACCUAAUAAAGUGACCAUUGAAUUGAUGUAUUGAUGCAAUGAGAAACUUACUAGUAAUGUAAAGUAUACAUGAAACACCAUAAUUAAAACAAAAACAAACAGCAUCCAUUGUAGUGCAAAGU